CAAUUUCAGGUACACAAAGCCUUGUUGGCCGCCACCAGCGAUUAUUUUAGGGUCAUGUUUGGUGGUGUCAUGGCCGAAAGUAAACAAAAUGUGGUUGAUCUCAAAGGUGUGACAGCAGACGGACUAAAUCAUGUGAUUGAUUUUAUCUAUAGUGGUGAAAUGGCACUUACUUUAGAUAACCUCACAGAAAUCAUUAAUACAGCUAGUCAUUUACAAGUAUCCAGUGCAAUUGAUGUCUGCAGCAAUUUCAUUACGUCACUCAUGACGUUUGAAAAUGCAGAAGAUUUUCUCAACAUAGCAGACACCUAUUCUCUGGAUAAAGUCAUGUCCCACUGGGAUUCGAUGAUUCAGGAUAAAUUCUUCGAAUUCACCCAAACUCAGGCCUUUUUGAAAUUGGACGCAGAAAACCUUGCAAAACAUUUGGAAAGGAAUACUCUAAGAUCUACCUCAGAAUACAGACUUUUUCUCAGUUUGGAUAAAUGGUUUCGUUUCAAUCCUGCUCGCAUCACUACAGAUGCUCCCAAUGUUCUCAGUCAUAUUCGGUUCGCCCUCAUGUCAGAAGGUGAACUGGCCUCAGUCAGGGAAAGUGAUAUCAUUAAACGAUGUCCUGGAGCUCAACAACUCGUUGCAAAAGGUUUUUUCUAUCAUAAUGACUGUAAGAAAGGACACCCGUCCAUAGAAGAAGUUUCCAAUGUAAGAAGCAGUGCUCUUUGUUUGGUUCUAGUCCACCAUGGAACCCCUUACAUGCCAUUUCAGGUUACUGCAUACAACCAUCAUGCAGGAUUAUUCUACAGUAUCUUUUCUGAUGUGGAUGGAAAUCGGGACUGCAGAAUUGCAUCUGUCGAUAAUUUUGCAUAUAUUUGUCGUGUUGUGGAUUAUGGUGGUGGUUCCUUGAUGAGUUCCUUAUUUCGAUUUGAUCCUCGCCACCUAGUUGGCCAAGAACUACGUCCAAUGAGUCGACCUCGUUUAGACUUUGCUCUGGUUUCCUUUAAUCGUUGCUUGUAUGUGUUUGGUGGUUCUACAGAACAGUUUGCUAUUCUGGACUCUGUAGAAUGUUACAAUGUUUUAACUGAUUUCUGGGACACAGUACUACCUCUUCCUACACCAGUUCAUUCUCUAGCUGCAACUACAUUUCGCUCCAAGAUCUAUUUAUCAGGCGGAGUGUCCGGUCAAGAGAGACAACCUACCAAUUCAUUUCUCUGUUUUGAUCCCACAACUCAGAGAUACGAAACUAAACCGGGUAUGUUCUAUGCCAGAAGACUUCACGAUAUCGUUGGCUAUGAACAAAGAAUAUUUGUUUUAGGAGGAAUCCCACGUCCCGGCAUUCCUCUACAUGGUCAAAUUCCCAUAGAAUGUUUUGAUCUUCGUACGAAUCAGUGGACCAUGCUCUCCUCAACUCUCAGUGGAAGAUCUGUAGGACACUACAUCAAUUUUGAAGGACAGAUCUUGUCUUUAGGACAUGAACAUCACAAUGCUACAGAAGAUGAAAUUUGGCUCUACGAUGCAGACCUGGAUGACUGGUCCAAAUAUGCAAAAGCUCCACAGCGAACCAGCCUCAAUUCGGCAAUGUGUACUCAGUUAUUCAUCAAUUUUGAUGAUGAAAAAAUCUCUAACAAAUAUAUGAAGGAAAAAUAG